UCUGUGUAAACCCUAAAAUCGCAAGAAUGCUUUCUAUAAAAUAUUUUAUCAAUAUUGAUAACGAUGCUAUCAGCAUGUAGGGCAUGUCAUAUCGUGCAGGACAGACAAACAGAAAUGUGGUGUUUAAUUUUAUUAUUUGUUGCGAUCGCUGGCUGCCAUGCAAGGGAACAGUACCACAUAACGCCAGUGGCGCUGCCGGCGACUUCGGCGAGUCGCAUCGUCGGAGGUUCAGCUACUACGAUACAGCAAUACCCUUUCGCAGUACAGAUCUAUUACAAUAAUGGAUUCAGCUGUGGCGGGUCACUCCUGACCCAGCGACACGUGUUGUCUGCAGCACACUGCUUCGUUACUACGAACGGAGUAGUCAUAAGUCCCUCAACGAUCACGAUUCGCGUCGGAUCGACUUUCCUAUAUUCAGGUGGCGCCACACAUCAAGUAUCAGCAAUCAUAGUCCACGAGAGCUAUGGUAAUCCAAUCAGGGACAAUGAUAUAGCAGUGUUACUGCUCAGAACAGCUGUCACCUUGAAUGCAAGCGUCGCUACUGCCUUUAUACCCAUCCAAGGAGCUGUUGUGCCUGACAACGCCACGGUCAUUGCGGUCGGCUGGGGGGUGACUAUUCAAAAUGGUCAAAAUCCUUCACCUGUGCUCAACGAGGUGGCAAUUAGGAAGAUCAACCGUGGGAUAUGCCAGGCCAACUACUUGGAGCUACAAGCCUUGGAAGGAAUUCCUUAUCCUGUGACCAGCAGCAUGAUCUGCGCCGGCAUCCUUGGAGUUGGAGGUAAAGAUGCGUGUCAAGGUGAUUCCGGUGGUCCUCUGAUUUACAAUGGGAUAGUGGUGGGGGUCACAUCAUGGGGAUAUGGAUGCGCGCAGCCGCGAUACCCUGGGGUGUCUGCCAGAGUCGCCAGCUACACCACAUGGAUCAAUAACACGGUUACCCGGUACAAUGGCGCGAGUUCAGUCGGCGUGGCGCGAGUCACUCUGCUGAUUCCCUUCUUAUAUCUAAUACUCUCUAGAAGCUACUGAGUAAACCAAUCAAAAGUGACGCUAGUGUAUAUUUUUUAAGAUUUUCAUUUUUAUACUGACAUUGUAAUAUACAUAAAUGCUUCUGCGGGAAUUAAUAAAAUUGCCAACUUAACCGGUG